AUGCCACUGCCACCUCUCAUCACAGGCCAAGUGGCUGCCAUUACGGGAGGCCUCACGGGGAUUGGAAGAGGGAUUGCAGUAUUAUUUCUCUCCCACGGUGCGAGCGUCGCGAUCAACUACUUGCCAUCCCACAACGCAGACGAAGACAAGCUACUCUCAUCCCUCCGAACAGAAGCAUUCGACGCCAUCAAGUCCCGAAAUCCAUCCGCAACACUACAGAACCUUGAAGAUGUACCACUACUGACUGUGCCGGGUGACGUUUCACAACCGGAGGCCGGGCAGGAACUCGUCGCUCAGACCGUCGCUCGUUUCGGAAGGCUGGAUACGUUCGUGUCGAAUGCCGGGAUCUGCAAGUUCGAGGAGUUCCUGGAGAUCAGCCCGACAUCGUACCAACGGCACAUCGACACGAAUCUGUCGGGUGCUUUCUAUGCGGUGCAGGCCGCGGCACAGCAGAUGACAAAGCAGGAGCCUCAGGGCGGGUCGAUUAUCGGUAUUUCCAGUAUUUCCGCGCUGGUGGGUGGUGCACAGCAGUGUCAUUACACGCCGACGAAAGCGGGGAUUUUGUCUCUGAUGCAGUCUACUGCGACGGCGUUGGGGAAGUAUAACAUUCGUUGUAAUGCACUUCUUCCGGGGACGAUUCGGACACAGCUGAAUGAUGAGGAUUUGAGGGACGAUAGUGACAAGAAGACUUAUAUGGAGGGUCGAAUCCCUUUGGGGAGGUUAGGACGGCCAGAUGAUCUGGCUGGACCAGCUUUGUUUCUGGCUGCUGGCGAGUUGUCAUCAUAUGUCACUGGUGCAGCGAUUUUGGUGGAUGGCGGAGCUUUUGUCAACUUUCAAUAA